CCAAAAAGAGAAGCAGCACUGAGAUGAGCAGCAGACUGAGCGAGUGUAAACACAUCAGACAGCAGGCAGAGUCACAAGGUGAAAAGAGAGAGCAGGGGAAGUCUGACCAAAGAGCUCGGCCUCUUCCUGCCUGACGAUCAGCUCAGGAAGUUGAGGCAGAAACGGAGGGGAGGGCUGACACAGACAAACACAUUUUCCCUUUGCCUUGUAGUUUUUCCUUAUUCAGUCCUGCUGCGAUCAACAGGAGGAAGAAAAAGGGGGGCAGAGAGAAGGCGGGGUUUUGGAUGGAGCUGAGAGAGACAGAGCAGUCAAACUCUCAGUCUGUGGAUAUAUGAUGGAGGCCAGCGUCGUUUCCCAGGACACAGGUCUUACCAGCCCUCUGACAGGAGCCUCUUCAUCCAUACCCUCCUCAUCUUCGCUGCCCUCCCACCCUCCAGCCAGGCCAUGUCGACCCAGACCUCCACCUCCCGUGAUGAAGUCCUCCCAACUCCCCUCCCGACCUUCUCUGCCUCCAUCUACCCCUCCAUCCCUACCUUCUCCUCUCCGUCCUGGUUCCACACCUCCUCCCUCUCUCUCCUCCAACCCCCUUCCUCCAUCUCUUCCUCCUCCUCUCUCCCCCAUCAUCGUCUCCCCGACUCCCCCACAGUCAGCUGUCUCCUCUGAUCCGCUGCCCUCUUUUUCUCCUCCUCCAUCAUCUCCUACAGUUUCAUCCCCCUCUUCCUUCUCUCCUGCUCCCCCACCUCCCCCCGUUAUCCCUCCAUCCUCACCAGCUCCUCCAUUGCUGAACACUAUAGAUAAACUGGUUGGGAGCGUUUCUGUGUGGCAGCCGGAAGGACUCAGCCAGGAGCAAACCAGCAGUAUUCUGGAGAAAGAAACAGCCGGGACGUUCCUGGUUCACAGUGCAGAAGAAAAACCCUCAAUGAUUUCAGUACGACAGCCUGAUGAGCAAGGAGGGGCGCUCGUACACAACCUGAACAUCAAACGGCACAAGACGUUCCUUCACCUAGAGGGUUCCUCUCUGGUUUUUGAUGACAUCUUCAAACUGAUCUCUUUCUACUGUGCCAGCAGAGACAUUCUCAGCAUCCCACUGAAGUUACCCCAGGCUAUCACCACGACAACCAAGAAAGAGGAGCUGGAGGUCAUCUCAGGGAUGGGUGCAGAUUUCUGGACAUCUCAUCUGAACCAGAGGACAACAAAUCAGGAUGACACCAUUCAGCCCAGCAUGUACCUGUAUGUCAACCCAGUCACUGUGGAGGAGCUGCCCAACAAAGACCUGAACCCCUCUACCUCCAAACCCAACUCCUCCAUCAGUGAAAACCUCACCUCCUCCCUGCAGAACGGAGAAGUCUCUCAGAUCAUCAGCCCACAGGUCAAAGCUCCACCUAAAACCAGCCAGGGGAUCAAAUACAAGCGCCCCCCACCUCGACCCCCCAGCCUGGGCUCAGGGUCUGGGAUGGGCCUCCUAUUCUCCUCUCCCCCCUCACCUCAAACACUAACUUCUGUAACUCCAGAAGCUGAAAAAAAAGAGGAAGGAAGGCAAGGAGUAAGGGAGAGGGAAGACAAGAAGUUGGUAUCAACAUCACCUCCUCCUGCGAAGCCUCCCGUCCCCCUGCAGAGUCGAGCUGCUCCGCCUCUGCCUCCGGCUCCACUGUGUCGCACCUCCUCUAGAAAAAACACAGGCCGAGAUGCCUGGGAGGGGACGGAGAGAGAGAAGGGACACAAUCCUGCCAAGAAUCCUGAGAGGGAGGGUGGAGGAGAGAGAGGAAAGGAGAAAACAGGAAGUAGAGCAGGUCAGCUGGGGGAGGAUGCUGAGCCGGAGGCCGGCAGCCCACACAAAGAAGAGGAUAGAAAUAAAGAUGGAGAGAAGGAGGACAAGGAGGUCAAACCAAAAUUCAGCUCCCAGUGUCCAUCAGUAAAGAAACCAUGUCGUCCAGUACCUCCACCUCGGACCAAGCCAGGUGUCACAGACUCACCUGGAGGAGGAUCAACCAAUCAGAGCGCUGGGAUGAAAAUCCCCCCUCCAUCGCCGGCUCGACGCCCGGAUGUGUCGCUGUACUCACCACAAGGGGGCACCGCUCUGGGGGCUGAGCUCGACUCCUGCUCUACCAGCAGCACAGAGGAGGAAGGAGAGCCGAACCAGGAGAAGGAGCAAAACCACAAGAGCAUUGCAGAGAGCCGCAGCCCCAAAGCCGGCAUUAGGAGAACCCCCACCACCGUUAUGUUGAACCGAGCUCGCAACCGCCUGUCCACUGUGCUGACCGGACUCAUCAGCCACGACCGCCGUCUCACCAAGCGCAUCAUAGAGCUGGCCAGGGAUCCUCUCAGCUACUUUGGUAACCUGCUGAAAGAGCACCGAGCUUUCACGCUGGAGACCAUGUCCAAACACUCAACCACCACAGAGCUCUUGCAGGAGAUCAGACAGAUGAUGACUCAGCUGAAGAGUUACCUCCUGCAGAGUACAGAGCUGCAGGCCAUGCUUGAGCCACAACAUCAGUAUACACAACUAGAGAACAUCGUAGAGGCAGCUCUGUGUAAAAGUGUCCUGAAGCCCCUGAGGGAGCCCAUCUACCAGAGUCUGGACAAACUGCACACCAACACUGGCAGCAUGAAGCAGCUGGCACAGAACCAGUCUGUUGUCCUGGGCAGCACCACCACAGCUUUGGGAAUAACCACCUCCGUCCCAGAGGCCUCUGCCAUGGAGAAGAUCAGCAUUAAACUGAGCAACCUCCAUCAGGAAUACUCUCCACAGAGGAAGAUCGAGCUGCUGCUGAAGACCUGCAAGAUCAUCUACGACUCCAUGUCAGUCGGCUGCCCAGGGCGGGCCCACGGCGCUGAUGACUUCCUGCCUGUAAUGAUGUACGUCCUGGCCAGAUCCAAUCUGUCUGCCUUGCAGAUGGAUGUUGAAUACAUGAUGGAGCUGAUGGACCCAUCAUUAACUCUGGGAGAAGGCUCCUACUAUCUGACCACCACCUACGGGGCUCUGGAGCACAUAAAGACGUUUGACCAGCAGAGGUCAGCAACGCGGCAGCUCAGCAGAGAGGUUCAGGACUCCAUCCAUCGCUGGGAGAGACGACGCACGCUCAACCAGGAGCGCAUGACCCAAGCAUCUGUUCGGGACUUCCUGACUGUGUAUUGUCCUGAGAUUGGAACCAACCCAAAAACCCUGGGGGUCCUCCCCACGACGACGAUCCAGGAGCUCAUGGAGCUUUCUGCUGCUCGCUUCGAACAGGACUCCUACACGCUCAGUGUCUACAUGGAUGGAGUUCACCAGCCCGUCGCCCCCACAGACCUGGCCCUCAGUGUGAAGAACAGCUGCCCACCUGGAGCCUACUGCUUCGUCUACCAUCCGGUCGGCCAACCCAGCGAGAGGCCAGGCCGCACCUGUCCCACUGCCCCGCCCCCACCUCCACCCCCUCCUCCUUCUGCUCCACCUGCAGAAAUCCUGUUCCCAGCUGAUGUAGAAGCUAUCUCUACAGCUGAGCCAGAGCUAGAAGAGGAGGAGAGUCUGAUUAAUUUGUAACCGCUCCAUCAUCGUCAUGGUAACCGCACCACUGUGGCUGCCAGUGCUGUUGUGGUUUCUGCAUCGACAUAUAAAGAAGCAAAAAUGGAGAAAAAAAUCUCAGGUCUCAGUUAACAUAUUGGAGGUGAAACGUGGAUUAAUAUGAGCACGUUAACACACAGCGUUUGGUUUGAGGAACAUGAGACAGCAAAGAGAUGAAAGACUGAUUUCUGAAUCACAGCAUGGGGUCUGGAACCCCAGAUGAUGUUUUAUACAACGUUAAAACACAUGUAACAUGCACAUAUAUGACCAUGUUUAUAUUGUUUAUAUGCAACAUUAGUUUGUGCUUCACUGAGAUGUUUAAGCCUUCUGCUUCUGACUGAAGUUACUAAUGACUCGGAUCAACAGGAGCAAUCUGAGCCAUCACCACAUUAAUGUUACUGUGUGGAAGAGAAGCAGGAAAACACCAAAUGAAGGACCAAAACUUUAAAAACUCACCUUUUGUACAAUUAUACUAAAAGUAAAUGUUUUUUUUACAACUUA